UGUGCGCGCGUUUGCUCCUCAGACAUUCAUCAGUCAGUAUGUUCUUGACGCUCGUUGCAGUUUGAACGCGUACACAGGCGGUGCUACAGCCACAGUCGGAUUAGUACAGCGACACAGUGAAAGAGAGUGAAUGAAUCAUUUCGACAAAAAACGCGUUAUUGCGGCGUAAUUUGUUUUCAUGUCCGUUGGAAUUUGUUUUUAAAUUUGAAUUUUCAUUCGGCAUGUUGACAUUCACUUGCUAGCCAUAAACAUAGUAAAGGUUUUUUUCGCAUUGGCCAAAUUAAGUUUCGGUGCAUAAUUGAAUUACCAUAUUUAAAAUGUCCUACAUGAAUACACGUCGCCGUUUAGGUUCCAUGAGCGAAUCGGCUCCUCCCUCCGAAUCUUCAGAGGGAACCAAUUCUUCGGAAAACAACGAAAUUAUAAUGAACUCAGAAUGGUCUCAUGGCUCGCAAAGUGGUGGUGUGGUGAGUGCUGGUGUUAACUCUUUGUACUCAGAAGGCGAUACCGAUACCAUUAGCACCGAUACAGCCAGCAACAAUAUACUCUCCGAUUAUGAACGUGGUCAGGUAGAGAGUUUCUUUGGAGGAUUGGGCACCGAGAUUUUUGUCAGCUCGGCUUUGGCUAAUCUCUACGAGGGCUCUGGCAAAGACAACGAUUGGCAUUUGAUUUUCACUGGCAUUCCGGUGAUUUUGUAUGACAAAGGCAGUGCCCGGGCCAGAUCUAUACCACGUGUCACCUUGGUGUUGGCCGAAAGAGGCUCCUGUUUUGCCCUAUGGUCUGAUCGCAUAGAUAAUCUUUCCAAUUAUCGAGUGGCUGGUCCCUCGUUUCAUACCAUGUGCUUGUCCAGCAAUCAUCAACAGAUGAUAGGUUUCAGCUUUGAUUCGUCAGAGGCUGCUAGAGAAUUGUGGCAACAUAUGGAACGUUUGAUAAGUGAUCCAGAAAACAUAGGAGUCUCCAUGCCGGGACGCAAGAAGCAAAAACAGAAACGCAUAAAACACGCUCCCUUGCCUCCAAAGGCCCAAAUAUCGAAUCCAUGUCAAUUUCAUCAUGUGACCAGUGUGACAAAAGAUGAUACCGAUCGUUAUUACAGUAUGCAGGCAUUUGCACCCAUGACCCAACAUUAGAUGUAAGCCAAGGCCAAGGGAAGGGGUAAGAAAGUAGUUCACACUACAUGGCUUCCUCGAUGUCAGACAGUGCAAAGCAAAGUAAGAACAUGAACACAGUCUUCUUAGAUGAAGGCUUUGGGGAGAAAAACAAGAAAUCCAUAUGGAUAUAAUUCUAAUAUUUAUAUAUAAAUUAUUUAAUUUAAUUUAUAUAAUAAAAUAUUUAUCUGUGAUAUACUUACAUACAUACAUACACAUACAUUAUAUAUACAAAUAUAUAUGAAAACAAAAACAAAUGAAGAUAUUUGUUGCAAUUUUAAUGGUCGGUUUUCUUUUUAAGAUUUAAGAAUGAACGUUUUUCUAGAUAUGGAAAAAUAUUAAAACAUUUAUUAAUAAAAACUAACUAAAAAAUUUAUAGUCUUAGAUGUAAGAGAAAUCUAAAUGAAAUUUAAGAGAGAAAUCAAACACAAGUAUGUAGUUUUUUUUAAUUGAAUAACUCUUACCCUUAAGAAACGCAAGUAAACCCCCCAAAUAACAAACAAUGAUGAAAAGCCAUUUAAUCACUUAUAUAAGCAUUUAAAAUAUCUCUAUAUGAAAUAAACUAUUUUACCUUAAGAGCGAUGAAAUGAAGAACGAACAAACUCAGACAGUUUGUUCUAUCUUCUUACCAUAAAACAUUUAACUUAAAUAUUAUGUUUAUGGUUCCUCAGUCAGUGGGUCGGCCGUUCUUUAAUCACAGUAACAGCUAACUUUAAUCAAAUAUUCAGACUCAAAUAAUCCUUGUUGUUAGAUUUUAUCAUCUUCUAUGGUAUUUAAUAAGCAUAUAAGUCAAUUUACUUCAUAAGUCAGUCGUCGAUGGUCACAUUACAUUAUACAUACAAUAAAGAGAAGAACUAACUAAGGAAAUACAUAUAUUAUCUUAUAUGAAUACAUAUUCGUAUUAUAUAUCCUGAUAUACAUAUAACGAUUUAUGUAUGAGAUAAUUUGUUGUGUUUUUGUUUUUUUUUUAUCCUUUUUCGCUAAGUGUAUAUACAAUUGAUGGAUAUUCUCGCAAACCCCUUUGAAGUUUCCGAACGAUAUCGAAAUAUAUCAAAAUCAUAUAUGUAAUUUUGAAUAGCAUUUAGGUUUAAGUUACUGAAUUACAUUUAUUAUAUCGAAAUAAUAAAUAAAAUCAUAAUAAAAUUUAAUAUUUCUUAAACCAAA